UGCUGUUGAGAGCGCCGUAACUCGUAACGUUUUGAACCUCCGUCUGCGAGUUCGCUGCUGCUAGUGGUCUGCCGAGAGCUGUUGACUGUAAAUUGGGGAGAGAGAGAGAGAGAGAGUAUGAAAGACAGAGAAGGUGAGAAAGAGUUGGUAACGCCAGGAGAAGUGUUGGGGAAGGCGUCGGAGUUGAAAGCGGGAAGAGGAGCUUACAUAGCGACCGACAAUAAAACAGUGUACGCCUCCCUGACCGGAUUCCGCUCUCUUAUCCCACCUGUACCGGAUUCUCACGACCAG